AUGGGAGACGAACGUUACAGAAAUAAUGCUCCCAGCUACCGUCCCAGCUCCGCACGCCCUCAAGAUGUCCGGGCCGACCGAUACCCAGGAAGACAGGACAGCAGAUACGAAGGUGAGAAGCGCGUAGAACUUGGUUACGACUCUUACAAGCCUGGUCAAUCACCUUCACGAGAUUUGAUCCCACCCCCCAACAGAAAUAGAUGCUCACCGUUCCCUGCUGAGGUGUCGUCUCCAUACAAUGACUCACAGCGCCCAAAUAGCAACCAUUCGCGUUCGCCUUCUGAAUCUAGCCCUUAUCGACAACCUGAGUCUGACGCAGCGCGACCUCCGAUCAAACCUAACGUACAUUUAGACCAACGAAUUACCUCGAACUCAACGUCUAUCAAACCUAUGCUGCAAAUCAAAGGACUUGCCUCGCAGCAAAACCACGAUACUUUCUCUUCUCUCAAAAAUACCGUCUCGGCUAGGGCUAGCUCCUGGGCAGCUCAGACCCGCAAUGUUUCUAUUACAGAUUCCGAAACUAAUAAACAGUCUUCACAACAGCCAGCAUCUAUGCCAUCUGAGACUGCGGAUUUAAUGGGCCUACAAGCACCUCUUAUCAAGAUUCUCCGCGAUGCAUUCACGCAAGCCGUUGACGAUGUGACGGAGAUGGCAGCGUUAAAGUUGAAAAAGAGGACUGCGAAAGUGGCUCGAGAUAAGAUGAAGGCUGUGUACGAAAAAACUAAGGUCAAUCAUGAUAAAUAUCCGCCAAUGAGAGAAAUGCAAACAUCCGCUAAAGACGAGGCUGAGAAGGCAUAUCAAGCUGCAUGUCAACAAGUUGACUUGAAGGCCGCGUCGCUUGUAAAACUCGCUGCCCACACUGCGGAGCACAUCGUGCCAACGGUCUUGGCCAAUACACCUGGCGGUCAAAAGCAACAAAAGGCUGAAGAGCGUAUGAAUACACUCGAAAGUAUAUGUCAAAAUUUCGAAAACUUCGUCAAGGAACAAGAAAAAUUCUUGGCUGGCCAACAGAAGGUGAAUCAAGAAUUGGAGCGAAAGUAUUCUGCUUCAGUACAGGCUCGCCUUGACGCAGAAAAGAGAUGGGCGAACGAAAAGAGCGGUCUUCAAGCUCAGCUCCAUCAAAUUGCCACGAAGCUGAACGGCUUGGAUGAAGCUAUAAAGCCUGUAGAAAACCUACACCACAAGGUCGCUCUGGUUGAGAAGGAUAUGGUCAGAAUGAUCCCUGCAAACCUAACGCAAAGGCUUCAGAUCCUAGAUCAGUUACCUGCAGACAUUAAGAAACUGUAUAACCUUGCGGAUCUAGGAAGUCAGUCGUUCCAAGCCUUGGAUAGAAAGUUGGAGUCCCAGAAGCAAAGUAGCAGUGCUUUAAAUACAAUGUCCGAAGAUCAUGCGACUCAAACAGAGCGACUGCAGGGAGAACGAGAUUCGUUCACUAAUAGCCUGCUGGGCUUGGACGGCAGAGUCUUGGAGCUUGAGGCCGCGGUCAAAGCGAUGCCUGACAUCGCAGCCGUGGAAGACCGAAUAUCACGACUGACAGCACAUCUACGGUCAAACAGUGGCAGUGAAAACCCCACUGGCCCGAGCUUUUCUGCGACAUCUACCCCAGCUUCUGAUCUUCGAGCUAGUAUCGAUGAUCUAACCUCGAGACUUCUACAAACAGACCAGAGACUACAAACUCUGGACUCGGAGACGAUCAAGGAAAUCUCGGGCAUGAAGAAGAUCCUCCCGGAAGAAAUAUCCAAGCUUGAAAACAAACUCACUCAGGCGUUGAAAAGCGAGAGUGAAAUGUUGGUAGAGCUUAGUGGGGUUGGGGUCGAGCGGGUUGUUAAGGAGGAGUUUGCAGGCUCCCUACAUCGUCUUGCUACUGUUGAGGGCUCUAUUGAAAGCUUGAAGGAUUUCCAAAACACCUUGAAAGAGUCUGUAGAUUCAACGAAAGGCGAGCACGAUCUCCUCAAAACUUCACACGAAGGCUUGAGAGGCGAGCACGAUACUCUAAAGAGCGAGCACGAUCUCCUCAAGGGCUCGCAUCAUCAUAUCAUGGAAUCUCAAAAUGCCAUGAGAAAUAAGCUGGAAGCCUUCCAGAUUCGUGUCGGGCAGGGCCUGAACAAUCUUACUGGUGCAACCGCAGGCCACGCCAUAAAAAUCAUUCAGCAACAGAAUAUGUUCGCACCAAGUUCUCUAGAGGAAAGCUUAAAGACAAGUCUCGCAACUGCUACCGAUACCCUAAACACUACUAUCGAGGCCCACCAACACGCUAUCGGCGAUUUAGAGUCUCGGUUCAACAAUAUCAUGACAUCGGACCUGCACCGUGCUAUCAUGCAAAGUAUGCACGAGCAGUACCCAAAUAUCAAGGACACACAGAUGAUAUUGUCCAACCUUGGAUCCGAUAUCAAUACAUUAAAGACGAAUCUAUCGACCAUAAAGCUCGCCAUUCAAGAAAUGAAAGAGUCCGGUCAAGCCCCUGCUCAGCUAUCAGUUCCCGCCGAACAAGAUAACGCGGUCAUGAAGGGAUGCCGUAAAGAAAUUGACAGUCUCACUAUCGAAACCCACAAUCUGAAGAAGAGCCUGAAUGAAAAGCUCAACCAGCUCGCCAAAUCCAUCGUCGACGAAGGCGAUAUGGUCGAGGCAAAAUCUGAAGAAAAGCGGAAAGAGCUGGAGAUCAAAUACGAAGAGAAGUGGAAGGGGCUGUACGACUCUAUCAUCAAGCUGCAAUCCAAAACCCAGGAGAUUGAGAAGAAAGUCAGCCGAAUGUCAACGCCACAACCUCGGACUCAGGAUCAACCGCAACCAGCAGCCCUAAGAACCGCCUCCGGCACCCCUAGCAUUUCUCGGGCGACCUUUAAACCCUUGAGCCGCCUGCCAUCGAACACAUCAACCGCAUCCAUCGCCAGCGACAGUGCAGUCCUUGGCAAGCGCAAGGUAAUAACUCCAAACGGAAGCUCGGCCGCAGGCGUGGAAGGUAGCAAAACCAACGGCUCUAAACACGGCGACUUGCGCAGCACCAACAGUCCCGUCCAGCAAAACCAACCUAAGCGCCGCCGCCGCGCGUCCACCAAGUUCGGCGACGACCGCGAAAAAGACCAGUCCAACGAGACUGACGAUGACGAUGCCGCCGAGCCGACAGUGUCUGCGGACGAAGACAUAGACGAGGAUGCGAGAGGAACGCCAAAGGAUGUCAAACCCGUGUUCGUGAAAAAGAGCCAGCAGGCGAACCAGCCUGCCUUGGCGAAGGGCUUGAUGGGGAAGGGCUCUGGCGACGUGAUUACGAUUGAGGACUCGGAGGACUCGGAUUGA